UCAUUAGGUAACAACAAUAAAUUCGUAAUCAUUUAAAUUUUAAGUAUUUUUAUGUUAAAUGAUCGAUAUUAGACUGUAAAUUGUAUGUGAUUUUUCCUAAUAAAGAUAAAAUAAUUAGUGAGGUGAAUAAUUUAUCUAAAUAAUGGAGCACUCAGAUUCUAUGUUUUUGUUUGAAAUCGCUGUAGAAGAAUUACAAAGCUUUGUAAAGUCCAAAGAUUUCACUAUCACAUGCAAAUUUGCCGAUAUAUUUGAGCUAAGAUUAAAGAACACUAACUGUAUGUUUAAAACUUGGAAUCAGCCAAAUCGGAAAGCUAAGUCGAGUUUACAGAACAAGACAAUACACGAGGAGGUGCAACCGAAGGUACAGUGCGGAAGAUCAGUGCUGUUCGAAGCCACCUUCCCGAAACUCAUCCACUACCUGAAGACAUGCCCUCUAGAGCUAAUACUGUGGAGCAAGAAGUAUCCAGCACAAAUAGUAGGGUCCACGUGUGUAGUCUGGAGUCGGUCAUAUCUAGAGUACCUGAACCUACUUGCUGUCGAUCUCGAAGCCGCUCCAGUGACCAACACUGGACUUUACAACUUCAUAGACAAUCAAUUUUCAAAAUGUGUAGCAACAGUUAAGGUUAAAAUUAAAUUGAGUUAUCUUAAAGCAAAUAUUGCUCAUCCAUUAAAGCCAGUUGAAACGGAAAAGAAAGAAGUUGAAACUGAAAAAGCUGUAGUCGAAACUGAAAAAGCAGUAGUCGAAACUAAUAUACCACUCAAGGAAGAAUUCAUGUUUCAAUCUUUGGAGAAAACAGAAAGCAUUAUAACUAUUAAAAGAAAGAUAUCAGUAAAAAACCUUGAAGUGGACCAUACAAUUGCAAAUGAAAUAACAGAAAUGAAGAGUAUAAAAUUAUAUCCUAGUUUUAGCGACACUACAUUCACAUUAAAGCAACACUGUAAAGUUACAAAAUCUAACUCUAUGUCGACAAUGCAAAAUAAAGACUUUAGUGCAUUUGAUUACAUAUUUUCAAAUUACGAUUUACCCAUACCGAAACAAUCAUAUUUCGUUGGGUAUGCUAGAUUCCAAGGACCUAGAGAUUGUUCAGUUAAAAAAGAUUGUACGAUUUGCCACAAGGACCUUGGAGGAAGCGAUGUGCCACAUGACUGCAAGUGUCCCAACUCUUCUAAAUUGGGUGCAUGUGCGAACAAGGUGGAGAGGAUCGCGAGGCAGUGCAUGGGCAAGUGCGGCCUGCCGCUUUGUGAAGACAAAGGAACACUUCCACCUAAGAGUGAUCGAAUUCUUCUCAAAAUGGCGGACGUCUGCAGCCAUACACAAGUCUUUGGGAAAAUGGCAGCUAAGAUGAAGAUUGGGGAACUUCCUUGUGAAUGCACCUGCGAAUGUUUUUUUGAUAUUACAAAGAAAACAACUUAUUGUGGUAUUUGCGGAGGUUUCGAAACUCCAGGAGAGGACUGGGAAGGAAAAAAGGCUAAUGAGAUAUUUCCAUGUCCAAUAUUUCAUAACUUAGUGGAAACAAAGUCCAAGUCAGACAGAAGCGUGGAAUUUAGUGAUUCUCGGAGAAAAGACGACGUUACCUCACCAAAUAGGAGUAAGAAAGGAAAAGCAUCGUCCGGAGAUGACUCUAGUUCCAAAUCUAAAAAGAGUUCCAGUAGAAAAAAGAAUAAUAAAAGUUCAAAGAGGAAGGAGUCCUCCGGAAGUACGGAUAAAAAGACGAACCGUACUUCUAAAAAAACACGUAACGGUAAACGAACGCAAAACAGCAUUGAAUUGAGUACGAAGCCUAAGUUGAAAUCGUCUUCAGGCAAAAAGGAAAAAGAUCAAAAGAUAACAUCCGAUCAGGACCCCAAGUCGUCAGCUCUUGCACUAUAUAACAUGAUUUCAGAAACAAAUUUCAAAAAAGACAGAAAAAGGGAUGAUAAACGAUUUCAAUUCAACUACGCCUAUAAAACACCUCACGUUGGCCAUAGUAAUUGUGACUUGCCAUGUGAUGGAGUACGGAUAGAGCCAAUACCGAAAGGCAAAGGUUGGCGUUGGGAUCUGAGUCAACCAGGAGUUAAGCGCCGAGGUAUUACCAAACCGGGUACCACCAGCAAAGCGGUCAAAAGAAACUUUAAAAUUGCAAAAAAUCCUGAAGAAGCUCGCCGUAGAAUGUUAAGAUCCAAAAAUAAGAGAGAUAGUACCGAUGAAGACUCUACGGCUGGCGGCCAUAAGACAGGCAAAAAUAAUAAAAAGGGUCGCAAAACAAAAGGUGGCGGGGACGGCGACUCUGCGGCUGGCGGCCAUAAGAGAGGCAAAAAUAAGAAAAAGGGUCGCAAAACCAAAGGUGGCGGGGACGGCGACUCUGUUUCAGUCGGAAAAAGAAGGAAGAACGAUCAACGGCCUUUCUUGAAAGUGCACAAAAAGAGUGGCGAUUAUGAAGUGACGAUGGAGAAUAUCAAGCCAACGUAUGCCACGAGAACCUUUAACCAGUUUCCUUACGAAGACAAGCGACCACUAUCUUUCUGCAUCGGCAGAACUGACGAGGAGAAUAAAUUAAGACAGAAACUGAAAGAUCGAGCGAAACGACGUCUCGAGAGAGAACAGCGCGCAUUCAUUCAAGACACAUUUAAGGAUAUGUGUAAAGAAAUAUGCAUAAAAACUUACCAGCAGGCAUUAGGCAUUUUACCAGACGCGGAGGAUCCAGACUGCACGUGCGAGGUGCCGCGCGAGGUGACGGACCACGACCAGCACUCGUGCUCGUGCUCCGACGCAGAGGACAUGCCCGUGCUCGACUCCGAGACCGACUCGGACGAGUGGAUCUUGGAGUUCACCCCGCCCACUGCCAAAUACGAUCCAAACUACAAACCUAAAAAACAGGACAAAACGGACCAUUCCACUCAAUAUACAUAUUUGGACUACAAGGUUAAGUUACUCGAUAAAUCAGGAAAAGAAGUUCCUCGAUACUUCAUCGGACCAGACGGCAAGAAGGAGUGUAGUGACUUGGGAGGGUUCUGGAGCCCCGAACGCAAGUGGCUUGUGAUCAACAAGGACGGUUUCAUUGCCCCGGACGGCCGCUGGGCGCCCUUCCACUUCAAGGGGCCAGACGGCGACCGAGUUGACGUUGAGGAUGGCAAGAUACAGUUGGCUUCUGGAGACUGGCUCGUUGUCGGGAAAGAUGGCUUCGUUGAUGCCACGGGGCGCUGGUGCUACUAUAAAAAGAGAUAUGAGCCUUUCAGAAAAAAUGUGCCUGUCAGGAAAGGAGCAACUAUGGGGCGUGGGGAUAAUAAGCAGACCGCGGAUGCGAAUAAACCCUCAGAAAAGACUAAGGGACAUGGGCAAGACAAGAAGCUGCUGGCCACGUGGAGCCAGGAGCCGCUGGCCAGCGCCUCGCGGGCGGGACAGCCACAAGCAGCGCAAGAUCACUUUAGUAAGAAACCAAAGCCAAAGACACCCCCAAAACCAGCUAGGAAGGGUGUGGCCGUCAAUGACUGUGGUCAGAAAUGCUACUUCGUAUUGCACAGUGGUUAUAAUCGAAAGACUCAAAAGGAACGUUUGAUUGGGUCACAAGACCACUGCAUCAGUCUGAGCUCAUUCCACACUCCUGGCUUCAGUUCGUUCGUGGGCACGGCACUGCUGAGGCAGCAGGCGUGUCAGGGAACUUGCAGACGAAGUGCUGAGGGCUCAAUGGAUGACUUCGGCGUCAUUUACGGGCAGUUGCCUAUUUGGAAGUAGAAUAAUAUAUUCCCGUAUAGU